AAAAAGUUCAGUUGAGUUGUAGAAAGUCUUGCUGGAAGUCACAGAGCAGCAGCAGCUCUUGGAGAAUGACUUUGUGGGUCACUUGAGAGCUUGGAUGUGCAGCAGCGAGCCCGACCACAAACAGCAACAACUGGGGGAGCUGGGACAGAGCAUGACAGCUGGGUCCCCCCAGAACUUUACCACUAUAGAUCCUGCAUUUGUGAUUUCUAACCCUCCAGACAGCCCUGACAUUAGGGGACAUCAUACCUGAUCCAGGUGUUACAGAAGAGACAGAGAAGUGCCUGGUGAGUCUUUCAUCUGUCCAGAGACCAGUCCAUCCUCAGACAUCUUGGUGCCAUCCUGUGGAGUCUCGCUAGUGAAGUUCUUCCUAGGACAACAAUGGCUAGUAAAACGCUGCCAGCUCCAGUGCCUAUUCACCCAUCUCUCCAACUUACCAACUACUCCUUUCUCCAAGCUUUUAAUGGGCUUCCAGUGCCCGCAGACCAUCUCCCUAAUCUGUAUGGGUUCAGCGCCCUGCAUGCUGUUCAUCUUCACCAAUGGACACUGGGAUACCCAACUCUGCACCUGCCCAGGUCUUCCUUCUCCAAAGUGCCAGGGUCUGCCAGCCUGAUAGACACCAGGUUCCAGUUCCCAGGCUUUCCACUUUUUCCCCAUGUCAUCCACCCAAAACAUGACUCCUUACAUGGCAAAACCAAGCCUAGGUUUGACUUUGCCAACCUAGCGGUUGCAGCCACCCAAGAGGACCCUUGUAAGCUAAACCAGCUGGAUGGGCAGGGGUCUCCUACAGCUAUGGGAGCACUUCUUGAUGUCACCAAGCUGACUCCUGAAAAGAAGCCGACACGUGGAAGGUUACCUUCUAAAACCAAGAAAGAAUUUGUGUGUAAAUUCUGUGGAAGGCACUUCACAAAGUCCUACAACCUACUUAUCCAUGAGAGAACCCACACAGAUGAAAGACCUUACACAUGUGACAUUUGCCACAAGGCGUUCCGGAGGCAGGACCAUCUCAGAGACCACAGGUACAUCCACUCAAAAGAAAAGCCAUUCAAGUGUCAAGAGUGUGGCAAAGGAUUUUGUCAGUCUAGGACUUUGGCAGUUCACAAAACCCUCCACACACAAGUCAAAGAACUGAAACCUUCCAAAAUUAAAUGCUGAACUAUAUAUGCACACAAAAAAAGACUGUUAUGCAUAAAAAACACAAACUAUUUAAAUCUACUAUUUUUAUGUGUAAAAGUGCAAGAGGGCUUUCAACCGAACGCUUCUUCCUGUGUGUAUUCCAAGACAUUUUCUGGACUGACCUUGCUUUGCUUGGAACUUAAUUUAAACCAGAGACCAGCGUGAACAAAGUGAUGGCACUCACACAGACUUUAUGCCAAGAGGGGGUGCUCACAUCAUGCCUUUCAAAAGGACUCUGUCAUCCUGCGACUCUGUUGCUUUUAUAUAUAGCAGCGUUGGCAUGCAUACUCCAGCGGUGGGAAAAAAUUACAGAAUAAAUUAAAAUUAAUUGCUUGUAA